AUGCCCUGCCCCCGCGCGCCCUGGGCCAUCCCACCGAGGACCCCGGUUAUCCUGUGGUUGCUGCUGUCCACUACUUCCCUACCCCCCACCCGGGGACAGACCAAGAUCCCUCUGGAAACAGUGAAGCUGUGGGCUGACACCUUCGGCAGAGAGCUGUAUGACACUGUGACCAAGUUUUCAGGCUCCCUCUUGCUGCAGAAGAAAUACAAGGACGUGGAGCCCAGCCUGCAGAUCCAGGAGGUGGAUGGGCCGGGGCUGGUGAGGAAGUUCUCGGAGGACAUGGAGGCCAUGCUGCUCAGGAAGGUGGAGGCCAUCCAGAGUCUGGUCGAGGCUGCUGAGGAGGCCGACCUGAAGCAUGAAUUCAACGAAUCAUUGGUGUUCGACUAUUACAACUCGGUGCUUAUCAAUGAAAGAGACGAGGAGGGCAACUUCAUGGAGCUGGGGGCAGAGUUUAUCCUGGAGCCCAACGCGCACUUCAGCAACCAGCUGGUGAACACCUCCCUGAGCAACGUGCAGUUACCCACCAAUGUGUACAACAAAGACCCAGACAUUUUAAAUGGGGUCUACAUGUCCGAAGCCUUGAACCCUGUUUUUGUGGAAAACUUCCAGAGAGACCCAACACUGACGUGGCAAUAUUUCGGCAGCUCAACGGGAUUCUUCAGAAUCUAUCCUGGCAUCAAAUGGACGCCAGAUGAAAAUGGAGUUGUUACCUUCGACUGCCGGAACCGUGGCUGGUAUAUCCAGGCCGCUACCUCCCCCAAGGACAUUGUGAUUCUGGUGGACACGAGUGGCAGUAUGAAGGGGCUCCGAAUGGCUAUUGCCAAGCAUACCAUCACCACCAUCUUGGACACGCUGGGAGAGAAUGACUUUGUUAACAUCAUUGCGUACAACGAUUACAUCUACUACAUCGAGCCCUGUUUCAAAGGCAUCCUCGUACAGGCCGAUCGAGACAACCGGGAGCAUUUCAAACAGCUGGUGGGCAGGCUGAUGGUGAAAGGUGUGGGCAUCGUGAAUCGCGCCCUGAGUGAGGCCUUCAAGAUCCUGAAGCAGUUCCAGGAGGAGCAGCAGGGAAGUCUGUGCAACCAGGCUGUGAUGCUGAUCACCGACGGGGCAGUGGAGGACUAUGAGAGCGUGCUGGAGGAGUAUAACUGGCCUGAGCGCAAGGUCCGAGUCUUCACCUACCUCAUCGGGAGAGAAGUGACCUUCGCCGACCGCCUGAAGUGGAUCGCAUGCAACAACAAAGGCUACUACACGCAGAUCUCCACGCUGGCCGAUGCCCAGGAGAGCGUGAUGGAGUAUCUGCACGUGCUCAGCCGCCCCAUGGUCAUCAACCAUGACCACGACAUCACCUGGACCGAAGCCUACAUGGAUAGGAAGCUCUCCACCUCACAGGCACAGAGUCCUAUGCUUCUCACCACCGUGGCCAUGCCUGUCUUCAGCAAAAAGAACGAAACGCGAUCCCACGGCAUCCUCCUGGGUGUGGUGGGCUCUGACGUGGCCCUGCGGGAGCUGAUGAAGCUGGCGCCCCGCUACAAGCUUGGAGUACACGGAUAUGCCUUUCUGAACACCAACAAUGGCUACAUCCUCUCACACCCUGACCUCCGACCCCUGUAUAAGGAGGGGAACAAACUGAUCCCCAAACCAAACUACAACAGCGUGGAUCUCUCAGAAGUAGAGUGGGAAGAUCGAGGUGAAAUCCUGAGAACUGCCAUGAUCAAUAGGGAAACGGGUUCUCUCUCUAUGGACGUGAAGGUUCCGUUGGACCAAGGGAAGAGAGUUCUUUUCCUCACCAAUGACUACUUCUUCACAGACAUCAGUGACACACCUUUCAGUUUGGGAGUGGUGCUGUCUCAGGGUCAUGGAGAGUAUAUCCUCCUGGGGAACACGUCUGUGGAAGAAGGCCUCCACGAUCUGGUUCACCCGGACCUCACCCUGGCUCAGGACUGGAUCUACUGCGUCACGGAUAUCGACCCAGAGCACCGGAAGCUGAGCCAGCUGGAGGCCAUGGUCCGCUUCCUGAGGGGGCAGGACCCAGACCUGCGGUGCGAUGAGGAACUACUGCGAGAGGUUCUGUUCGACGCCGUGGUGACCGCCCCCAUGGAGGCCUACUGGACUGCGCUGGCACUCAACGUCUCUGAUGAGUCCCAGCAGAGGGUGUCCAUGGCCUUCCUCGGCACCAGGGCCGGCCUCCUGAGAAGGAGCUUGUUCGUAGGCUCGGAGAAGGUCUCAGGCAUGAAGUUCCUGACACUUGAAGAUGAAGCCAACGUCUUCACCAUGGACCACUUCCCCCUGUGGUACCGCCGGGCUGCCCAGCAACCUGCUGGCAGCUUCGUCUACACGCUCCACUUUGCAGAGGGACCAGAAGGACCAGGAGAACCGGUGGCAGUGACAGCAAGCACCGCGGUGACCGUGACCGUGGACGAGAAGACGGCGCUUGCUGCAGCGGUGGGAGUCCAGGUGCAUCUGUGGUUUCUGCGGCAGGUGUUUCAGACAGCCACACGGCAGUGUGGGGCCGCAGAUGCGCCGUGUCCCAACAGCUGUGAGGACAGUGACCUGGACUGCUUCAUCAUUGACAGCAACGGGUUCAUCCUCAUCUCAGAGCGGCCCCAGGAGAUGGGAAGAUUUCUGGGGGAGGUGGACGGUGCGCUCAUGACCCAGCUGCUCAGCGUGGGGGCGUUCCGCCGGGUGACCAUGUACGAUUACCAAGCCAUGUGCGAGGCCUGGAGCCAGCAGCCCAGCGCUGCCCGGCCGCUGCUCAGCCCACUCUCUGCCCUCCUGAGUGCCGCCAGGUGGCUGCUGAUGGAGCUUCUGCCGUCCGUGCUGGACGGCGGUGUCUGGGGCUUGUGGAACGUGCACUGCGGGGCCGAGGCCAAGGCUGUCUUCCAUCACUCCCACAAGCAGCAGAAGCAGCAGGUCCUGCAGCCCUGCGACACGGAGUACCCCGUCUUCGUGCACCAGACAGCCGUGCCGCAGGCCCAUGGGGACAUCGAGUGUGGUGCUUGCCGGAAGGCCUUCGCGAUGCGCCAGGUCCCGCGCAGCGACCUCCUGCUCCUGGCCACCGGGCCCGCGUGCGCCUGCGACGGCCCGCUCGUCCCGCGGGCGCCCACGGAAGUCAGAUACAAUGCCUCGGCCCAGUGUGACCGGCUGCGCUCGCGGAGGCCCCGGCGGCGGCCCGACUCCUGCCAUGCUUUCCACCCGGAGGAGAACGCGCAGGACUGUGGGGGCGCAUCAGCCACCUCGGCAUCCCUCCCGCUGCUGCUGCUGUCGCUGUGCGCCUGGGUGUGGCUGGCCCCGCUGCUGUCGUCGACGCCCAACCAGUGUCCCCUCGGCUUGGAGACAGUCUAA